AUGUUGACUUCGGUUUUGAUAAAGAGUCGUGCACCUCUUUUUGUAGGUAGGAGUUUAUCGGUACUUCUGUCGAGCUGUUAUCGAAUCAAUCGAGAAGUUUCGACAAGAUCAUAUCAUGAUGGGAGCAGAGAUGAAAAACAUUUUGGUAGGUACCAGAGGAACGACAAUAAUAGUAGGUCCAGGAACUCCCGGUUUAAUUCUCGUCCACGAAGCAGGACCAGGGAAGAUGAUGAUGAAGUGCAUUUCGAUAAGACCACUUUUUCUAAGUUAAUUCACGUCCCUAAAGAAGAAAACUCUAAAGAGGUGACCUUGGAUUCUUUGUUAGAAGAAGGCGUUCUUGAUAAGGAAAUACAUAAAGCGAUUACUAGAAUGGAAUUCCCUGGUUUGACUCCUGUGCAGCAAAAGACUAUAAAACCAAUUUUGUCCAGUGAAGACCACGAUGUUAUAGCAAGGGCCAAAACUGGUACAGGUAAGACUUUUGCAUUUUUGAUUCCAAUUUUCCAGCAUUUGAUGAACACAAAAUUUGAUUCUCAGUACAUGGUGAAAGCCGUUAUUGUUGCACCAACAAGAGAUUUAGCUUUACAAAUUGAAUCCGAGGUGAAAAAAAUUCACGACAUGAACUAUGGCUUAAAAAAGUAUGGUUGUGUCUCGUUAGUUGGUGGUACUGAUUUCAGGGCAGCUAUGAAUAAAAUGAAUAAGUUGAGACCAAACAUCGUUAUUGCCACACCAGGUAGAUUAAUUGAUGUUUUAGAAAAGUACUCGAAUAAAUUUUUCAGGUUUGUUGACUAUAAAGUUCUAGAUGAAGCUGAUAGACUACUAGAAAUCGGAUUUAGAGAUGACUUGGAAACAAUUUCUGGCAUACUGAAUGAAAAGAACUCCAAAUCUGUAGAUAACAUAAAGACGUUAUUGUUCUCAGCUACUUUGGAUGACAAAGUACAAAAAUUGGCAAACAAUAUUAUGAAUAAAAAAGAAUGUCUCUUUUUGGACACAGUAGACAAGAAUGAACCUGAAGCUCAUGAAAGGAUUGACCAAUCCGUCGUAAUUUCUGAAAAGUUUGCCAAUAGUAUUUUUGCAGCUGUGGAGCAUAUAAAAAAGCAAAUUAAGGAAAGAGAGUCAAAUUACAAAGCCAUUAUUUUUGCACCAACAGUCAAAUUUACUUCAUUCUUGUGCAACAUUUUACAGAAUGAGUUCAAGAAAGAUCUACCAAUUCUAGAAUUUCAUGGUAAAAUUACACAAAACAAAAGAACAAGCUUAGUUAAGAGAUUCAAGAAAGAUGAAUCUGGUAUACUGGUUUGUACGGAUGUAGGUGCUCGUGGGAUGGAUUUCCCAAAUGUCCACGAAGUUUUACAAAUUGGUGUUCCAUCUGAACUGGCGAAUUAUAUCCAUAGAAUUGGUAGAACUGCCAGAAGUGGGAAAGAAGGUUCCUCCGUACUAUUUAUUUGUAAGGAUGAAUUACCUUUUAUCAGAGAACUAGAAGAUGCUAAGAAUAUAGUCAUCGCAAAACAAGAAAAAUACGAACCAAAUGAAGAAAUAAAAUCUGAGGUCUUAGAAGCUAUAAACGACGAAGCAGAAGACAUAUCAGAUGUUGUGGUAAGUUUGAUCUCCUCUUAUAGAUCUUGCAUUAAGGAAUAUAGGUUCUCUGAAAGACGCAUUCUGCCUGAAAUCGCCUCUACUUACGGUGUGUUACUGAAUGACCCCCAGUUAAAGAUCCCUGUGUCCAGGAGAUUUUUAGAUAAACUCGGAUUAAGCCGUAGUCCAAUUGGUAAGGCAAUGUUUGAAAUCAAAGACUAUAGUGGAAAUAGAGGUAGAAUUGAGAAUUCUUACGGUGAUGAAGAUAUUGACUCGGAAACUUCUUUUAGAGACAACAGGAGUUUCAAUAAUAGGAAUGGAAGAGAUUAUGAUGAUGAACAAUUUGGACGCGGUAAUAACAACAGACGUUCAUUCUCUCGUGGUAAUAACAGAAACAAUUACUCAAGUAGAAGUAAUAAUAGAUAUUAG